AUGCAUCUUAAAGCUGUUUUGACUGUGUUUUCUGUCCUAUUCCUGGCGUUGGUGUCUGGACAAAAUCGGAACUGCGAUGAAUUGACCCGGAGGUGUGAACGCUGCGUGGCACAAUUGAAUAAUGUAGUUGAUCGUACCCUGCCCAUCCUCAAUAAUGAGUGCAGAUUUAGGACUCGAAACACCUGGCGUUGGAGGAAUGUGGGGCGUUGUGAGCUCACCAGGCUGAACUGCUUGGGAUCCGAUCGACGCAUGAAUUGUAUUGAUAUUGCUGAACUUGCUGGGAUGGAACGUGUUAGUGAAUAA